GUAGAGCUAAUUGCAAAGGCAUGUUUUGUUUUGUUUUGUUUUCUUCUUCUUUCUUGAGGUCCUUUUCUUGGUUCUAAUUUUCUAUCAUGACCUAUUUCUAGGGGGUAAUAUUAUUGGCUGGCAGUUUCUUCUAAGACUUUGUUAUAAGCUGAACAUAUUGUUUGACUGGUUUAUUACUAUGGGAACCUAGAAAAGGAAAGGAGGAAAAUAAGGAAGAGCUUGAAUUUCUUGAAAUAUUUUAAGAUGAAAUAUCAGAAAGAUGGCAACAUUAUGGGUCAUAAUGAAUGGAAGGAGAUUCCACUUUAUUUAUGUUCCAUGAUUUUGUUGUUAUUUAAGAUUAAAGGUGCCUGCACACUCUAGGUUCUUGAUGGACUGAAAAUUGAAGAACUUAAAAUAUAUAUUCUUGUUGGCUAAGGAACAAAUAACUCUUAUAUAGUACAUUCAAUUGUCAUCAGGCUCUAAAAUCCACUAUUCAUUGUUUCUGCCAACAUUUUUGUUCAAAAAUUCAAUUCCAGAUUUUGAUUCUAUAAAGGAAAAGUAAUUUACUUGAUUUAUUAAGACAUGGCUUUGGCCUUUACCCCUUUGUCAUGGUGGCUUUGGAGUGGAAAGCAUCAAGAACCUAAAAUCUCGAAAGGGACUUCUGUAAAUUCAUCACCUGAUUUGAGUUUGUUUGAAUUGGAUACUUUGAAGUUAACUCUUGAUAGGAGAAGGAAUAUGGCCUCCUCAUCUAGAAAAGUUAAGCGAAAAUGGGAGAGCCGAGAGGAGCGGAAGAUAGAUAGGGAGUAUGAUAUUGUUCUUGUACCAUCGGAUGGCGGAUGUGUUUCAGGGUCUGAGUCUGAUGAUUCGGACUGGUCCGUUGGAUGGUUGGAGCCUCAUGGGCCUGGAUUCCAGAGUGAUGAUGAUAGAGAUGAUAGUUUUGCUGUACUAGUUCCUUGCUAUGGACGGGGGCGCACAAAUUUGGAAGAUAAUGCGCAGGACAAGUUUAUGCAGACCAUUGGAAACUUCAGGGAUAUACAUGCUUCUGGGAAUAAGAAGUUUAUGGAACAGUGGCUCUCAUCUUUGCGGUAUAGCUGAAAUGCUGCAGUGGCUCCGUUGAUUUGAUCUCUUUUCUCCAGAUUCUUUGUUGCGGUGGAUCAAACACUAAUCUGUUUUUUGUUACAUAUUACAAGCCUAAAUAUGGACUUAGGAGUAAAUAAAAAGUUAGCUGUAAAAAAAUAAAAAUCGUCUAGGGACUCCCGGUACCUUGUGUGUCUUGUGUUUUUCAGAAUUAUUUGUAUCCUCUACUUUGUCUCUUGA